AUGUCCACACAUCCACACCACACCUCACAACCUCCGCACCUCACCGGCUCUCGUCAAUUGUUGUCUAUACCGGCAUGUUCCGCCGCACCACCAGUACUCACGGGAACUCCCGCGAAGGAGAUUGCCGCUGUCGGGUUUGGAUGCAUGUGGAACGUUGCCCAGAUCUUUCCGCACGGCGAUCUUUUGGCGCGAUCCGUUGUCAGUAGCCAGGACUCGAACUCGAGACCUCCUUCUAGCUUUAUAGUCUCUCGAUCUCCCCGAGCUCUAUUUGGUAUUUUAUACUAG